AGCAAGUGAAGAAAGUGAAAUCAAAGAACUUCCUCGAGGAUUGGAGGGGUGGGAGCCUGUGGACGAUGUUUAUCGUAUCAGUCGUUAUCCAAUCAAAGCUCGGCCCCUAAGCGAAUGCAUUGAUGAAUUGAGAUCACAAGAUAAAUGGGCAUAUUGUCGAAAACCAGAAUUGUAUAGCGACAGAACAGUGAAUUUGAGUCUGCUUUUGGAUUUGGUAAUAGAGAAGAAGAAAAAAGUGGAUCCGUUCCAAGGCAUGGUCAUACUGCCCCACAAAUUUAAAGAAUAUAAUAAAGUAUUAUGCUUUGCAGAGGAUGACCAGGCAACUGAAGCACUGAAAAGUGGUGCCCACAAGAUUGGUGAUAAAAGCACCGUCGAUAAAAUCAUGGAAAGAGAAUUUAAAGAUUUUGACUACGUAGUGGCAACUCCUUCAUCGAUGGCAAUCCUAAUGCCACUGAAAAGCAGGCUGAGAAAAAGGUUUCCAAAUCCAAAAAGAGGUAAGACUAAACAGAGCCCCUGUUGUGGACAGACAAAGAUAGCUGGUACUGGUUUACCGGGUAGCACAGACAUGAAGAGACCCUUAGGGGAUAAGAAAGUUACUCUGCGAGCUAGUCCACACCUCGAGCGCUUGGAGACUUUGUUAAGUCUAAGUAAUUCUCAGUUAGAAGAAAAUGUCAAGACAUUAAUAGAAGCUAUAUGUAAACACAAGCCACCAACAGCUGGUCCUCUUAUUAGGAAAGCAACGAUCAAUGCAUUUUUAUUGGAUGGGCAUCCAUUUGAAUUCCAGUCCUAUGUUCCUGUUCCCACGGAAGAUGAUAAAUUCCAGUAUGAACUACACAUGAUGGAGGAACAACUUCAGAAAAAGUUGUAGAGCUUCAUCUUACCAAUUGCUAUUUUCUCCUAUUAGAACUCCCUCCAUUUUAACUGUUAACUAUUGUUUCAAAAUACAUUUGGCCUUCUACUCAAAACAAAUGAGAUCCACUUGGAAUUCUGCUCCUGGGUAGGUAUUGUUCCUAUGACCCAGGCCCAUUGCCAAGGGUAACAUAUACGUUCUGCAUUGGUUACAUUUGACUAAAUGCUAUUAAUAUUUCUAAUAUAAUAUUUGUUUCAUAGCAAUUAAACAAUGAGCUCUCUUGGUGAAAUAAAAAUUCUGAAAGAAUUUCAUCUGGUUCUAUAUACUAGAAAAAUUAAUUGUUGAAUAAAUAUUCUAUAAAAAAACUGCCAUGUUUUUGUUUCCACUACAGUACAAAAUUCCUGUAUAUUGAAAGAAUUUUUUAGCAUAUUUAAAUUGCAUUCUGGUACUCACUGUAUUGAAUUAUGAAAGGUAUGAAAACUGUAUUGAUACUACUGUAUUGGAUUGGAUUGGAUUACUUUGGUGAGAAACGCCAAGAAUGAACCACAAAUGUCUAAAGACUUAUUUGCAGUGGGAUACUUAUGCCCAAGAAUGUACACCGGGAGACAGUUAUUGAUUUUUACAAUAGGAGAUAAUCCCCAGCUUUUCUCCAGAGAGUGUACUGCAUCUUUUAUAUUGCACACAGGACUAAUGGCGUGAACGGCUGCAUUUCAGAUCUCUGCUGUUCAGCGCAUAUACAGAUGCUAUCACCAAUAAGUUGCUUCCCUUUUGUUAGCGACUCUACUGAGAACUUUACCCUAUGUAUACGAAAACUUUAACAAACUAUUUCUUGUAAAUUUUAUGUGAUCCGCAUUUUAAAAUACCAUCUCACUGAUGGAAGUCCACACGAAUGCAAGAAAUAUCCGAGUACCUAAAAUAUCACUGUAUUAGCGCUAAAUAAAUCUGUUAAACAUUUUAAUUAGCAUACAGGACAAACCCACAAACUCAAGCCACAAAAUACAGUGAAUUAAACAAUUGAUUAAAAUGAUAUAUUAUUUUAUUUGAAUAAUGAUUACAUACACCGUACACAAAGAUUAAAUAACUAGCUUUUCAUUCUCAAGUGUGCAUGUUUAAUUAAUCUUAAAUUAUGAUUUCUAAAAUUAAUUUGAUUAAUAAUUUUACAGUAUUAAUUCCAUUUCAAAUUAACUCUUGGUUAAUGUGAUGUAGGUGAUAAAACUGCACUCAGUGCUCAGUGGACUAGAUAUAAAAAUUUAUUGCUGAAGCUACAGCUUACUGCGUGCAGAUGUCAUUGUCAACAGGCGAACAAGAAUAAUAACGUUAAUUCACAGCAAACUCUGGGGUAAUAAAAUCCCUCAUUUAAUCCACAGAGUGCAAUCUUGUAACCUUUACUGUAUUAUCAUAUUUUGUUCUAGAUAUGGUGAGAUUUACAAUAAAAACACGAACAGAAGUGAUGGCAGUUAUUGGAUUAUUUAAUAGCUGUCUCAUUACGCGAUAACCAUUUGAUACGACUGAUGAUUUUAAGAGUUAGAAAAAAAAAUGCACUUAGCCAUUCACUCUAACAAAAACAAAGGAUUAUAAAUUAUCAAUACAAAUCAUUAUUUACAUAUUUUGAAUGUUUUAAAAAACCUUGCACCUUAACAUUUACAAAACAAAAAGAAGGUAGGAUUACAUAAUACAAAAAUAUUUACAUACAAGCCACCUCUGUUGGCCAUAACUGUUUGGAUCAAGAAAAUAUACAAACAUCUUCGGGUAUAAUAUGUUAUAAAACAUCUCUAAACAGCUUAAAAAUAAGU